ACAUUUUCUUCCUUCGCGUUUAUAUUAUACUACUCAUCUAUCGCUUUUGAACUCUUAAUCAUCACCAAGUUCUCCUACUAACACAAACUCAGAGAUUACUCUUAGUAUUCAGUCUUUGCAACGUUUCUAAUAUCUCUUUAUUCCAAUGGCACAGAGCUUGCAAUUGAUCGUCCUCCUUGCUUCAUAUUUGUUCUUCUCGGGGGUCUUGUCGACAAGUAUCCUUACCAUAGAGAACAAAUGCAACCAAACAGUUUGGCCAGUUAUCUACUCAUGGAAAUCACAGCUCACCACCACCGGCUUCACUCUCAGAAGAGGCGAGGCGCGUGCCUUACAAGCGCCGUCGUCAUGGUACGGUCUUAUAUCCGGCAGGACGCUUUGCUCAAACGACUCAACAGGAAACUUCACAUGCGCCACGGGAGACUGCGAGUCAAAAACCAUCGAGUGUCCAAGCUCAUACAGUUGGUCUGAGGUGACUUAUGUCUACUUUAGAAUCGACUACGGCGGAACCAACAGCCACAUCAUCAGUUUGGAACACGGGUACAACCUUCCUGUAAUGGUGGCCCCGUCACAGAGUAGCUCGACAUGUUUUAGCUCGGGUUGUAUGGUUGACUUGAACAAGACUUGUCCAGAUAAUCUUAAGGUGUUUGACGGUGCUAAACCAAUCAGUUGUAGUAGCGCGUGCAAAGGAUCCGGAACACCGGAAGAUUGUUGCACAAACUACUUCAAGUCAAAGCAAAACUGCAAGCCGACAUCAUACACGCAGAACUUUGAGUUAGCUUGCCCAUACGCAUAUAGCUACCCUUACAACAAUAAUAACAGCACAUUUACAUGCCCAAACUCGACUAACUACGUUAUCACGUUUUGCCCAUCCUUUAUUCCCGACAUCCCCAGAAGCUCAAUGGCAGGAGGGAAAGAAAGUUCUGUACGGAAGUUAGGACCCAUACUCGGAGGAAUAGCAGCUGUAGCUUUGAUAAUCAUCAUUGUCGCGAUUGUGGUAGUGGUGAGAGCAAGGAACGCGAGAAGACAGAGUUAUUCGACCGACGAGAACAUUGAAGCGGCUAUAAUGUUGAAACGAUAUAGUUACGAAAACGUCAAGGACAUGACAAACUCGUUUGCUCAUGUUCUAGGGAAAGGAGGAUUUGGAAAAGUUUAUAAAGGAAAAUUACCCGAUGCUAGCGGCCGCGAUAUAGCACUAAAGAUAUUGGAUGAUUCAAAGGGGAAUGGAGAAGAUUUCAUCAAUGAAUUAGCUAGCAUGAGUAGAGCAUCUCAUGUUAAUAUAGUCUCUCUAUUUGGAUUCUGCUACGAAGGGAGCAAGAGAGCUAUCGUCUAUGACUUCAUGCCCAAUGGAUCACUUGACAAGUUUAUUUCGGAGAAUAUGUCAACCAAGAUGGACUGGAAAAUUCUAUACAACAUUGCCGUAGGGGUUGCUCGUGGGUUAGAGUACUUGCACAAUAGUUGUGUAUCGAAGAUUGUGCAUUUUGAUAUAAAGCCACAAAACAUACUCAUGGAUGGAGAUCUGUGUCCGAAGAUUUCGGACUUUGGCCUUGCUAAGCUAUGCAAAAACAAAGAGAGUAUCGUGUCGUUGUUGGACGCAAGAGGGACCAUAGGUUAUAUUGCUCCUGAAGUGUUUUCCAAGAACUUUGGUGAAGCUUCGCAUAAGUCAGAUGUGUAUAGUUACGGAAUGGUGGUCCUGGAGAUGAUCGGGGCAAAGAACAAUAGAAGAGCUGAAACUUCUAGGUCGAAUCUAAGUUCAAUGAACUUUCCAGAAUGGAUCUAUGAUGAUCUCGAGAGGAAGGAAACCGUUAGACUUGUAGGAGAUCAUAUAAUGGAAGAAGAAGAAGAGAAGAUAGUGAAGAAAAUGGCAUUGGUGGGGUUGUGGUGUAUUCAGACAAAUCCAUCUGAUCGUCCACCAAUAAGAAAAGUCAUAGGAAUGUUAGAGGGAAGUCUAGAAGGUCUCCAGGUACCACCUAAGCCUCUCUUUGAUUCACAUCUGGUAGCGGCUUGGGAAACUAUUAAAGACAGCCAAGAUACUUCUAGUAUCUCUACACAGAGCUUGUUAGAGAGAAAAACUCUUAGGCCCGGCCAAGAUACUUUGAUCGUUUCCAGAGAAGAGGUUUAAGAUAGUGUGGAAGACAAACAAGAUAUUUCGUAUUCCUCGUAAAACCAAAGCCAACAAGAAACUUGACAAAGUUUCUUGAUGAAACUCAUUUAAUUUUGUUGAUCUUUACCACUGUAUAAUUGUUGCUGUAUUUUAGUGUGAAGUUUUGUUAGAAUUAUACUCCAAGAUCUUCAAGAUUAAAUUAGUAUUC